UCCGGCUAGCCAGUUACUACAGCAUUACAGUAGUAGAAUAUCUGAAACAACACUCUCUGAAGAAUCAGUUGAUCUGUUACAUACAGAAGGACUGAUAUCUGAAGAGACAUUGAGGGAAGUGAAGAGUUGUGGAUACACACUAACAGAUGAUGCAAUGAGAGAAACAUACACAUCAGUAGCUUAUGAUCAUAACAAAUUGAAAUCAUUUGCUAGCAUAUUAUUAAGAUCAACAGGCACUCUAAUCAGUAUUGCAAAUGACUUACUACAGGAUAUUGAGAAAAUUAUCAUGCCUGAAAGUUUGUCUGAGUGCAUUAAUGAUCCUCCAACCCCAGCAAUUGGACCUACUUCAGGUAAAAUUUCAAGGCCUCAAACAGAUAUUCAACUUUAUAUUACACAACUCUAUAAUGAUCGCUUUGAUGAAAUGAUAUGGGAUUAUGGGAUGUUUCAUAUUAAAAUUACUGGUUUGGUAUGCAAUAAAAUCACAGAUGAUCAACUUGAAGAUUUCAAAGAAUGCAUCAAUGCCUGUUGCUCUGACCUGAGCCCACAGCUGGCCAUUGCCACUACAGUGAAAGAUGUCAUGAAAGCCAUUAAAACCAUAUGCAAUGUCAUCAAUAUCACACCAGUGAAAAAAGUAGUCAAUUUCUACAGCAUAACUGAAGCUAUGCCAUUGAUAUCCAAGUACAAUGCAACACUUGAUGAGUUUUGCAACACCUUCAAAGUUGAUUUCUUGCUUGAUAAAAAGCUUUCAACAAGCGAUUUUCUGAUUUGUGAAACAAUUGAGUUUGUUCUAGACUGGGAUCCUGCUGAGCACUUAUUGAAUGAUAUUCGUCGUUUAAUGGAGAAAGCAUUCAAAGGAUUGAGCAGAAGGAUCAUAGUCAAAAGCAUGCAUAAAGGGAACUCCAUCAUUAUCAUUUGUGGUGCUCCUACUCAUCUAAUGAAUGCUUUGCAAUUGAGGGCUCGUGAUAAUCUUACUGUGCUUCAAGAAGAAUUUGCUUUGAUGAGAUUGAAAAUAGGACACUUCACUGUCUAUGAUAGGACCAUAAAAAACAAAGAAAUGAAGAUUGCUGCAAAGGAGAUUGAAAUGUGCAUAGGAGAAUUGCUGAAGCUGAAUCCAUAUUACAAUGACAAAGAAAGUCUCUUUGAUGAUAAAGCAAUGCAACUUAUACAUUUAAAACAGAAACAAGAAUUCAUCAAUAGUAGCAAGCAGGCAUCAGGUUUUAAAUCUAAAGUAAAAAAAAUUGAAAGAGAAAAGGCUGCAAGUACAAAAAAGCGAAUGUUAUUAACAGAAACUGAACAUUUACAAUCUACUCUAAGGAUCAGAAUAAGUCGAAAGGAAGUACUACAAGACAAUGAACAAGAAAUUGAGGAACUACAAGAAAGUAUAUCAUCUAUCAGUGUAGAGCUGCUUGAAAUGCAACCGUUUUACAAUAAAGAAGUGAAAUCCACACAGACAGUGCUAUCAUCCAAUGGAUCUAUCUGUGAAGCUCAAGUUGAUUAUAGUGACACAACUAUUUCAUUCAAAAAGGGUGAACUACUUCAGUUAAGUACAAAUGGACAUGAGGUACAAUCACUGGAGACUGGACAGAAGAGUGCUGUUCCAAUGAAAUACAUUGGAUACUCAAGAGUAGAAUUGCUUCAAUUGCUUCAGUUUGCAAUGACGGCAAAGGAAAGAUUACCAGUAUUACUUCUACCUGUUCUUUUCAAUGAUGAUGAUAAAGCAGAGUAUUUUAUGCAAAAAUUAACUGGUGAUGCUGCUCUACUACAGUCAUUAAGGAAAUGGAUCUCUGAGCAAAAAUUGUUCAUGGCUAGUUAUAGCUUAGAAGCAUCAAGCCCACAAGACUUAAAUUUGAAGAAAGGAGAAGUACUUGAAGUUGUCAAUUUUGAAAAUGAUGAUCACUGGUGGUAUAUGUAUUCAUUUCAUGCAGACAAAAGAGGCGAAGUACCAAUUAAUUAUAUAAUUCCAAUUGAAGGGAAAUACCCACUAAUGUACUACAAGUACAUCUACUAUCAUACAGUGAGUCGUGAUGAAGCAGAGAAGAGACUGAGUCAAGCAGGCACUCAAGCAGGUACUUUCCUAAUUAGAGAUAGUGAAAGUGAUCCUGGACAGCAUUAUACCCUUUCAUUUAAUGGUGGAGCUACUAUCAGGCACUAUCGUAUAUACAUUGAGGAUAAUAAGUAUUAUAUACUCCCUUGUGUCAGGUUUGACUCACUCAAUGACCUGGUACACCACCACAUGAUGGAAGCUGAUGGUCUGACCUGCUCACUAACAAUUCCUAUACCCAAGCAAAAAAACACACCCUACUGGACCAUUAAAAUAGAUAAAAAGUGGGAAAUUAAUAAUUCAGAUAUCAAGUUUUUAAAAAGCAUACAUACUGGGCAGUUUGGAAAGACAUGGAAGGGUGAUUUGAUAGGUAAAGGCCCAGUUACAAUUAAGACAAAUAUAGCAACAGAUAUUACACAAGAAACAUUUCUUGAUGAGGCCAACAUACUGGGAAAACUUCGUCAUCACAACAUCAUCAGUCUAUAUGGUGUUUGCACUGAAAGCUAUCCAUUUUAUAUUGUAACAGAACCAAUCAAUGGAAACCUCAAAGAUUACCUAACUACAAAUAAUCCUACACCAGCAGAGUUGGUAGAUAUUGCUAUUCAAGUUACUGAUGGUAUGAUGUAUCUGGAAGAACAAGAUUACAUUCAUUGUGAUCUAAGAGCAGAGAAUAUACUAUUAGGAGAUCAUAACACUGUCAAGAUAGCAAACUUUUAUCUAGCUCAACACCUCAAUGGCAAUAAAUACUACAACAAUAAGAAAUAUAAUAUAUUAGCUAAUAGAUGGGCAGCACCUGAAGGAUAUACUGUAGAACGACUAAGUAUUAAAUCUGAUGUUUGGUCAUUUGGUAUAUUACUAUGGGAACUGGUUACCAAAGGAAAGGAACCGUAUCCUGGCAUGACAGAUGAAGAAGUAAAGGAGGCAGUACCAAAAGGUUAUCGUAUGCCCAUACCCAAAGAUUGUCCUGAACCAUUUAAACAACUUAUGAUAAACUGCUGGAAAAAUCAUGAAUAUACAAGGCCAAAUUUUAGAAAUAUCUUCAUUGUACUUGUCAAACAUAGUAGACAUACAUUCAUAUAAAUGUAUUUUUGCUUGUGAAUUUUAAAAUCAAUUGUUUCAAUGUAACUG